GGUUCUUAUAAAAUCUCAUCUGAUUGGCUGAGGUCUUUUGUUUGACAUGUAACACCAAUCGCCAUUGGUCAGGAGUGCACCCUAGCAAGUGGGACCUCUGCAGAUGUAGAGAAGAGGACCUAGUCUCCUGAAAAAAAUUCACCGGAAAGAUCUUGCAGGGUUUCUCUGAUCGACGCUACUCGACUGGUGUAGACAGCCUAAGCCGUGCUGUGAGGGAGACCAGUCAUGUUUUACUCACAAGAUAUCCUCCAGAAAAGAGGCGGGAAAUUCGGGAUCAUCUGGAUUGCUGCUACUAGAGCCAGAGACCUAACCCGGAGAGACUACAGCACUGUGAAUGUGACCAAGACAUGUGAACAAAUCCUCAUCCACUUCCCCGAGAAUUCUCAUAGCGUCCGUGGUGGCUUCCCUCGUUUCUCCCUAUAUCUGACUGCUCAGCUGAUGUUCGGAAUCACCCUGGUGCACGGGAAACAUGCUGAGUAUCUGUACAGUGAUGCAAUGACGCUUCAAAGUAAGUUUAUUCCUAAGAGACCAGGGCGUCGUAUGGUACCUGGAGGUACCAAGGACAUCGAUAUGAGGACACCGGCCAGACCAACAGAAGCUCUGAGAUUGGAGGACCCUCUGGACUUGUACAGUCCAGGGCUGGUGGAACUGGACCCAGAGUUUGGCCGCCUGAAUGUUUCAGAGGACAUGAUAGACCCGGCCUUCCUGCCAGACAUAAAAAUCAUCCAUUUUCCGGAGGACCCCCCGACCCCGGAAUGGUGGCCAGGGAGGAGCAGGAAGUCACCAUCCCCACUCUUUCCAGCUAGUCCUUCAGAACAGGACAAGACCCAAGUGAAGGACAGAAAAGACAUCUCCCUACCACCUGAGGACAUUGUUCCACCAGAACUGCCGUUUCCGGUGACAGAUUUGGAUGAUGACCUUCUACCUCCAGAAAAGGAUGACAUACUGUUCUCACCAGGGGAGGAGGGUAUUCUGCCCGUGGACUUGCCAACCCACCCUCCACCAGACAGGACCGAGGGGGAGGAGCCUGCGACCAAGAAGAAGAAAUCUGAGGAUAAGAAAAGAAAAGAACGUUCUGAGCCUAGAGAACCAGAAAAAGAGAAGGAGUCGCCAGCUGAUCAUUCCCCUAUUGAUAGAGGGGAAGCUCCAUCAGUCCCUGAACAUUCAUCCUCAGAAGAUGAGAGAAGAACCCGCACCAGAGAGCUGGAGCUGCCUCCUCUCAAUCUAGACGAUAUUCUGAAAACUCCCCCCCGCCGCCCCACCCGGCCUGGGCGGGGUCUUCAGAUAGAUACAGACACACAGAUGUCCCGGGAGGAUGUCAGGGACAACCUGGCCCAUCCCGAGCACACCCUGGCAAAGCUGGUCCUUGCAAACCCCAGACCUCCACCUCCAACAGCAGAGCAACUCCUCAACCAGCCAUGUAUAAGGUUACAUCACCCAGCCUUGCUUCGCGUGUGGCAGCGUAAGAUACCUGCUGCACGGUUCCGUAAUCUACAGAAGACAGAUAGCGAUACGACAACCUCACCAUUGUCUCCUGAGGAAAGGGAUCCGGAUCCAGAAGUACCUAGAGAUGAGACCUUUGAGUCAGAGAGUGGUGGCAAACGUCCCCGGUUGAACGUUUCAGAAGAGUCCUUCCCAGAUGUGAGCCGCACGUCUGAUAGUGGUUCUGAACGAAGACCAAGAGAAAGCCUCCCAACUAAAAGUGGGACAACUGAGCCGUCAAUCCUAUAUGACGUACCAGAAGAACCUGGACCAAUUGGACCAGCACCAGACAUCCCUGAGCCAGACCAACCACGCUCCCCAGAGGAGCCCGAGGUCAGCCCCCAGCAGGAGGGUCACGCGGAGGGUCACGCUAGCGAUACGGCUGACGUCAGCAGCAAGGAGUCUCCUGUCAACGAGCUCUGUCAGCCUGUGGAACCAGGCUUCAGCCCUCGGUCUCCUCCGGUCAAAUCCAAACUAUCCAGGGACGUGGCAACCAGGACCAUUGCAGAAAGAUUAGAUGAGGAUGAUUCAACAACAUUCGAGACCCUGGCUUCUCCUGAGGAGACUGACAGAGCAACAGCUGCUCGUUUCUUAUACUUCUGUCUUGUUUUCCACAAACAGCAGAUGGUCCAACUGACUCAGUUGAUGCCAUAUGAAGACAUUCUCAUUGAGAGGGGGCCAAGAUUCACAGCAAUGCUGUCAGCAGCAGGCUUGAAGCACUGAGCCAUCAUGAUGGUGAUCUUCCAGUAGAUUAUCCAGUAGUUUCUAUCAACAUUACUGUUCAGCAUGUUGCUAUUUGUUGAUGGGUUUAUGUUGAUUGGUUACAUCAUUAGCCCACCACACUGCACUAUUCUUGGCUGAAACUGUACAUUUCCAAGAAACAUGCCAAUAUUUCUUCUGUUUUAAGAAGUUCAAACAAGUAUUUUUGUUCUUACUGAAUAAGUAAAAUUGAGCCUUUUUUUUAUGUUGCAUUUUUUUCUUGAUAAAUCUCACUGUGUGUGCAGAUAUGAUCCAGCGUUAGCCUGUAAUGGUGACAUGUUUGCCAUUGUUUCUAUGCUCAGUAAAGUUGAACAAUUCUUAUUUCAGCAUCAAUGUUAUUCUUUAAAAAUGAAAACUUGAAAAUGGCAUAAAUUUAGAAACUGUGAGAGGUGACUGAUAGUUUCAAGCUCUAAUUUCAAGUUACUUUUUUAAAACUUACCUUUUUCAAGUAAAUUGAAUUCCCAAUGUUCUUAUAAAAUGCAUUUUUGUGACUCCUCUCUGCACCAAUCCAGAAUCCUCGUGAGGUAUAUUAUUCCUUGUUAAGCAGAUAUGCUGACAGCAGAAUUAAUUGUAAUGAGGUGAUAACCAUUGUUGACGACGAAGGAUUGAUUUUUUUUUGCACAAUUACAUUAAUAGAAUAUGAAUUUUUAAUGCGUUACGUGAGUUAUAACUCAGGAGACAGAUUGUAUCAAUUUCUAUGUUGUCACCUUAAGGACUUCAAAGUUGUAUGCAUCAUGCAUAUGUUAUGUUGAUGUAAAUGUACUCAACCUUAUUGUAGACAAUAUUGGGAUGGUAAGAAAACCACUUGAUGAAAUGUGUGAAUGAGAACAAGUUGGUAAAGAUGAAAUGAAAAUAUUUGAAAUUUUGAUAUCUUCCAGUUGCUGGUUACAACACUGUUGUGUUUUAUAGUCUUGAAGUUGACUAUAUCUAUUGUCCAAAGCACAAAGUCCUGUUUGAGUCCAACUGACAAAUUGAAUUUGUGUGCUGCAAUGAUUCUAAAUUGAUAGACUUGGUGUCUACUGUAAGUAGUAAUAAUGGAAUUAAAUGCUGCAAUACAUGAUCUUAAUUUUCAAAUAAAUAUUCACAGUUACCAGUGUA